UAAACCGUGGACCAGAGGUUUGAGUUUGGAUGUUAUAGUUCAAAUGAAGGCUAUGGAACAGCAAUUCUAAGCUGGGGCCCGGCCCGUUCAUAGUGACAUGCUGCUAUAAGGUGGCUCCAGCUGUCAAGAGUGGAAAAAUCCUAAGUUUUAACUAUUUAAAUGUAUUGAAGUACGCAGUUAGGUCUUUUGCCAUUACUUCCUAGUUUUACUGGUGCAUUUGGUGAGUUAGGUCUUUUGCCAUUACUGCCUAGUUUUAUUGGUGCAUUUUGGUGACAAUUUGGGUUAAAUAAUGUUUUUUCUGUUCAUGUGCAUUUGCACUCAUAGUGAAAUAUUUCCCGCAGGAGGAUGAGUGGCAAAUCAAUGAAACGUAUAUGGACAACAUUUCUAAAUAUCCUAAAGACUGGUACAAGCAGCUGACAAGAAGAAGCAAGAAGAAGCCACUAGAAGAAGAGGUAGGCGAGAAAUCCAAGAGCGACAAGAGAAGGAGUUCAAAUCAGCAAGUCAAGCCAGCUAAGGACAAACAAGAAGCCUCAGAAAAUGGCGAUGGAGCAGAAGUCAACAAAUCAGAUGAAGACAAGGAAGCCAUAGCAGAAAAAGAUGCAUAAUUUAACCAAAAAAAAUUAAAAGUGCAAUUGGACAACACAAAAAAUUUUUAUAAUGCCUACUAGAAAAGGCAAAUUUGUAUAUAAGAUUUUUUUAUAUCAGAGUGUGAUAAUUUAAGCUUCUACAUUAAAUUUAUUCUACAGAUUUUUUAUCUUUUUUUCUCAAUGUUUCCUGUUAAUGGGUAACAGAAAAGUACAAAUUUUCUUUGCGACUUGUUUUUUGUUUUUUAAUUCACUUCUUAAUUGCCAUUUUCUUUAAACAGUGUGAAAGGUUUUAAAACUUCUUUAGUGGAACUGGUGUGACCAGCGUGUGACUUUAAAACAUAGCAAUGAAUAGGGCUAAAAGAAAAAUAAAGUGUGAACAAUCUUACCUGAAAUCUGUGCAAAUUUUAUUAUAUUUUCCAGAAAUUGAGGGGCGAUAGGGUUAUUCAUCAGCUGGGACAGUUAGAU